AAAUGCAGCUGAAGUUGAACUUUUAAAGACAGAACAUUGACGCGCAGUUCCCCGCUUUGAAAAAAAGGAAUGUAAAUGGUUAGGUGCAUUUUCUUAGUCAAGUGUGUUAAUAUUAACAGAGCGGGUUUUUGCAGUGAUGAGCUGUAAAACCCAUACACUGUGAUACAUACUACUAUAGUGCUUUCGACUACUGGGGAAAGGGCACCGAGGUAACUGUAAAUUCUGCUACGCCAUCACCCCCGACAGUGUUUCCUCUUAUUGCGUCAUGCGGCUUGUCAGAUGCCACGGGACCUCUCACUAUGGGUUGCUUAGCAACCGAUUUCCUGCCUACCCCCGUGACCUUCUCCUGGACGGAUCAGUCAGGAAAAGCUAUUUCAUCGGAUAAGUACCGCCAGUACCCAUCUGUGCAGAAUGGGGGGACGUACACGUCCACUAGCCAGCUCUCCAUCUCCAAUGCCGAGUGGGAAAAAUCCGAAUACUUCACCUGCACCGUAGAGAACGCUUCCGGCAAGAAACACACCCAAGUGAACAAACCUGCAGUUGUGCCCACAGACCCACCAGAUAUCAUUUUACUCCAUCUACCUUGUGAAGACGUUGAAACACCAAAGCUCAUUCUGACCUGCAUUGUAGCAGACUUCCACUCAGAACAGAUUGAAAUAAAGUGGUAUAUCAACUGGAAUUUUCAAAGUAUUGAAAAAUCUUCACCCAUUCCCAACGGAAAAGGAGGCAAAGAGAAAGCAUUCACCUUCAUCAGCCACCUGGAGACUUCCAUGGAUGAAUGGAAGAAAGGUAGCAUGUAUUCCUGUGCCGUUAUGCACAGAAAUACUAUGACCAACAAGACAGUCAGCUUGUGUACAGCUUGCUCCAGCAUUGAGCCAACUAUUCAUCUCCAAAAACCCACUUUUGAAGCUAUUUUCAAAGGGGAAAGAAUAAGUGCUGAUUGUGUUGUGGUUGGACUCAAAGACAGCACCGUUUCCUGGGUUGUUGAUGGAAGAGAACAGGACUCAACAUCAGUUGAUAACACACUAAACAGGAAUAAUACCCAAAACAUCACCAGGCAAUUGACAGUCUCUGCUGCUCAAUGGAAAAGCUACAGCAAAGUUAGCUGCAAAGUGACACACCCUUGUUUCACCAAAGAGGCGUCUAUUACCAAAGAGACAGGUCCCUCCAAAAACCCUGUCCUGGAGCUUCUACGCCCCUCUGAAGAUCAGCUUGGAGCUGACAGCGCAGAGCUGACAUGCAUCAUUACUGGGUUCUUCCCGAGUGAUAUCUAUGUGAAAUGGCAGAAGGGUGAUAAAGAGAUUGGUCCCGAUAAUUACAAGAACAAUCCCGUUGCUCCUGAGAAUGGGGGAGUCUCCUAUUCAAUGGUCAGUAGACUCACAAUCGCCAAAAAUGAGUGGACGACUCGGAAUACCUACAGGUGCAUGGCUGCUCAUGGCACAGAAUGGUUUGAAGCUAAAACAUCUGACAAUCUUUUUGCUUGCUCCAGCAUUGAGCCAACUAUUCAUCUCCAAAAACCCACUUUUGAAGCUAUUUUCAAAGGGGAAAGAAUAAGUGCUGAUUGUGUUGUGGUUGGACUCAAAGACAGCACCGUUUCCUGGGUUGUUGAUGGAAGAGAACAGGACUCAACAUCAGUUGAUAACACACUAAACAGGAAUAAUACCCAAAACAUCACCAGGCAAUUGACAGUCUCUGCUGCUCAAUGGAAAAGCUACAGCAAAGUUAGCUGCAAAGUGACACACCCUUGUUUCACCAAAGAGGCGUCUAUUACCAAAGAGACAGGUCCCUCCAAAAACCCUGUCCUGGAGCUUCUACACCCCUCUGAAGAUCAGCUUGGAGCUGACAGCGCAGAGCUGACAUGCAUCAUUACUGGGUUCUUCCCGAGUGAUAUCUAUGUGAAAUGGCAGAAGGGUGAUAAAGAGAUUGGUCCCGAUAAUUACAAGAACAAUCCCGUUGCUCCUGAGAAUGGGGGAGUCUCCUAUUCAAUGGUCAGUAGACUCACAAUCGCCAAAAAUGAGUGGACGACUCGGAAUACCUACAGGUGCAUGGCUGCUCAUGGCACAGAAUGGUUUGAAGCUAAAACAUCUGACAAUCUUUUUGCUUGCUCCAGCAUUGAGCCAACUAUUCAUCUCCAAAAACCCACUUUUGAAGCUAUUUUCAAAGGGGAAAGAAUAAGUGCUGAUUGUGUUGUGGUUGGACUCAAAGACAGCACCGUUUCCUGGGUUGUUGAUGGAAGAGAACAGGACUCAACAUCAGUUGAUAACACACUAAACAGGAAUAAUACCCAAAACAUCACCAGGCAAUUGACAGUCUCUGCUGCUCAAUGGAAAAGCUACAGCAAAGUUAGCUGCAAAGUGACACACCCUUGUUUCACCAAAGAGGCGUCUAUUACCAAAGAGACAGGUCCCUCCAAAAACCCUGUCCUGGAGCUUCUACGCCCCUCUGAAGAUCAGCUUGGAGCUGACAGCGCAGAGCUGACAUGCAUCAUUACUGGGUUCUUCCCGAGUGAUAUCUAUGUGAAAUGGCAGAAGGGUGAUAAAGAGAUUGGUCCCGAUAAUUACAAGAACAAUCCCGUUGCUCCUGAGAAUGGGGGAGUCUCCUAUUCAAUGGUCAGUAGACUCACAAUCGCCAAAAAUGAGUGGACGACUCGGAAUACCUACAGGUGCAUGGCUGCUCAUGGCACAGAAUGGUUUGAAGCUAAAACAUCUGACAAUCUUUUUGCUUGCUCCAGCAUUGAGCCAACUAUUCAUCUCCAAAAACCCACUUUUGAAGCUAUUUUCAAAGGGGAAAGAAUAAGUGCUGAUUGUGUUGUGGUUGGACUCAAAGACAGCACCGUUUCCUGGGUUGUUGAUGGAAGAGAACAGGACUCAACAUCAGUUGAUAACACACUAAACAGGAAUAAUACCCAAAACAUCACCAGGCGAUUGACAGUCUCUGCUGCUCAAUGGAAAAGCUACAGCAAAGUUAGCUGCAAAGUGACACACCCUUGUUUCACCAAAAAGGCGUCUAUUACCAAAGAGACAGGUCCCUCCAAAAACCCUGUCCUGGAGCUUCUACGCCCCUCUGAAGAUCAGCUUGGAGCUGACAGCGCAGAGGUGAUAUGCAUCAUUACUGGGUUCUUCCCGAGUGAUAUCUAUGUGAAAUGGCAGAAGGGUGAUAAAGAGAUUGGUCCCGAUAAUUACAAGAACAAUCCCGUUGCUCCUGAGAAUGGGGGAGUCUCCUAUUCAAUGGUCAGUAGACUCACAAUCGCCAAAAAUGAGUGGACGACUCGGAAUACCUACAGGUGCAUGGCUGCUCAUGGCACAGAAUGGUUUGAAGCUAAAACACCUGACAAUCUUUUUGCUUCUAUGAUACCAACAAAGCCCACAAUACACCUUCUUCAGUCCACGAGUGACCUGGUCUGCUUGGUGUAUGGAUAUAGCCCAAAGCACAUUGAAAUCAAUUGGUUUUUGAAUGAGGAGCCUGUGUCUCAAAACUAUACCACGACUCAGCCAUCGAAGGGAACAGAUGGUAAAUUCAGCACCAGAAGCCAUAUCCCCUAUUCCGUGAGAGAAUGGAAACCCGGCAUGGUCUAUACCUGCAUGGUGAAACAUCCAGCCACCAACACAAUCUUGUCCCGUAACAUCAGUAAACCAGAGAUUAUAGAAGAGAAAGACUUCCAUGAUGAUAAUGUUGAUUAUUUUGUCCCAGAGGAUGACAUGCAGGGAGUGUGGACCACAGCGUGCACAUUCAUCAUUCUCUUUCUCCUCUCCUUCCUCUACAGCAGUUUCGUCACUGUAGUAAAGGUAAGGAAAUGAGGUUCUGCUUUUGAAAACAAGAGAUUGACUCAGAAGAGGAAUUCUACUGUAGCCUUACCUGCAAUAUAUGAACAAUGCUUUUAUAAUAAUAAUUGUAAUCAAGUUUGAUUGUGUUUUCCCUUAAAGUGUGAAGACCUGAAUAACAAUUCCCGUAUUUACUCAAAUUUUUUAAAAAAAUCCUGAAUGCAAAAAAAAAAACCACAAUAAUUAACUUUUAAUUUCACGGAACACGGUAUUACAGUACGGUUUCUCUUUUCUUCAGCAAACUUUUUUUUUAAAAGCUGCACCAUUAAAUGUGCUUGAAGUUCACAGCAUGGCAUUUUUAUACCGGUACUGUAUCGAGAGUAAUGACUGUAGUGACCAGCUCUCGUUCAAGCGUGCCAGGAUAAUCGAUAAGCACAAAUGUAAAUUGGUCCUCUAACUGAAAAACCCUGAAUCCAAGUCGUUCUACCCAAAUUUUAACUUUUAUUUCGGUUAAAAAAAGUGCGACUUAAAUUUGAGUAAAUACGGUAAGAUUUUUUUUUUUCAGAUAUGUGUUUUUAACUAGUAUUGCCUGAAUGCACUGUGCUUAGAUAGACUGUGUUUAGAUACCGUCUAAGUCAUACCGAUGCCAUCCUACAUUUAUUUUGGAACCCCAUUUGCUCAUAAAUCAGGGAACUCAACUGCUUUGGUGUUAAAAACUCUUGGUUAGACUGUGAAGAGGGUGUGCAUAUCGUCAUGUACCAGUGUGUGUGUGUGUGUGUGUAACUUUUGGAAAUAACUCAGCAAUGGAGAAUGAUUCAUUCCUGAUUGUACAUUUUACUAACAUUACAAAUGUGUUUAUUACAAGUA